ACACCAAUGAUGCAUCAGAAGUGCAGGAAAGGAAAACCACAGAAAAUUGCAAUAUUGAAAAGCAUCGUCCUGGGGUCCGAGUGUCUGAAUGAGUCCUCAUCUUCUGACUCUGACGUGGGCACCUCGCUGGAGGGGGAGUGCAAGUGAUGAUGAUGAUGCUGAUGUUGAUGGUGAUGAUGAUGGUGCUGCUGUUGUUGCUGCUGGACCCCCCCGCCACUACCGCCGCUGCCCUGACACACAUACCACUCAUUCAGGCUCGUUUUACCGCCAGGAGUCAAGAGGGCAGCAUAUGUGGUCUUAAGGGGGCCAGGGGUCAAAGAUCCAUGAAACACAAGGCUUUUUGCUGAAAUAAAGAAGUUCUUCUAAAUGGGGUCGGCGGACCUGACUUUGAACUUGGAACAGCUCCCCCGUUUCCCGCCGUGCCGCCUGAAAUGGACUAGAAGAAGAAGAAGGAGGAGGAGAAGAACACUGCACACUGGAGGCGAUGUGGCCCUCAGAGUUUCUUUUCCAGCUGGCCUCAUGGAGGAAACACAACCAAGGUCUACUUCCUUCCUAUGAAUCCCUGUCAAGAUGCUGGAGGUAGCGAGAAAGGCGCUACCUACCUGCCAUUGGAGGGCCACCUGGGAUUGAUGAGGCUGGGCGGCCAAUGAGACUGCGAGGAUGCCGUCAAGUGGCCCCAGUUAAAGGGGGCGGAAAAGGAGGACGGGCCAGUCGGCUCAGGAGCUUUUAGACCCUCACAGAGACCAGAAACAGAAUCUGACUGCUGACUCUUUACUGACAAAGACAGAGACUCGAACACCUAAUUGUGUUUACUUGCAAACAUCCUUGUAGCCAUGCUGCAACGACUUUGCGGAUAAAAAAAAACAACAGUCAAGUAAGGACGCACAAGAGGUGGAUUUUUUUUUUAAAUUUAAAGUCAACUUUUUAAUGCUCUUGCGUGGAGCAAAGUCACGCCUGCUAUGCUGUUUGCGAGUGGCAAGAUCACCGCUGUUUUGAAUUUGUAACAAAUCCUAAAGAGAGAAAAGUAGAAGGUAAGGCGUCAUGCUGCUGGAUGCAGGCCACCAGUUCCCGGGUCUGGGCUCGUUCGCCCGCCACCAUCCUGCAGCCGGAGACAUGCAGGAGAGAGACCUCAGCCUGGCCCAGAACACUUUUGUGGACUCUGCCCACAUGGGCGCCUUCAAGCUGAACCACGACCUCUCCCCGGGGCAGAGCUCAGCCUUCAGCAGCCAAGCUCCGGGCUACCCGGCGGCAGCUCUGGGCGCUCACGCCGCCCACGUCACCUCGUACGCGGGCUCCCCUUUCAACUCCACUCGGGACUUUCUGUUUCGCAGUCGCGGCUUCGGGGAGACGUCCCCGGCUGGCGGCCAACACGCUCUCUUCGGCGCCGCUGCGGGUUCCUUGCACCCUUCCCACCACCACACGGACACGCCGCAGGGCCACAUCUUGUUCCCGGGUAUCCACGAGCAGCACGGCUCCCACGCCUCCACUAAUGUCCUCAACGGGCAGAUGAGGCUCGGCUUGGCGGGGGAGGUCUUCGGCCGCUCCGAGCAGUACCACCAGGUGUCCAGCCCCAGGACCGACCCGUACUCGGCGGCGCAGCUCCACAACCAGUACGGCUCCAUGAACAUGAACAUGGCAGCCCACCACCACCACCAUCACCACCACCCGGGUGCCUUCUUCCGUUACAUGCGGCAGCAGUGCAUCAAACAGGAGCUCAUCUGUAAGUGGAUCGAGCCGGAGCAGCUGAGCAAUCCGAAAAAGUGCUGCAACAAGACUUUCAGCACCAUGCAUGAGCUGGUGACGCACGUCUCCGUGGAGCACGUCGGCGGGCCGGAGCAGACCAACCACAUCUGCUUCUGGGAGGACUGCCCGAGGGAGAGCAAGCCCUUCAAGGCCAAGUACAAGCUCGUCAACCACAUCAGGGUCCACACGGGGGAGAAACCCUUCCCGUGUCCCUUCCCCGGCUGCGGAAAAGUCUUUGCGCGCUCCGAGAACCUCAAGAUCCACAAGCGCACACACACAGGAGAGAAACCUUUCCAGUGUGAAUUUGAGGGCUGCGACAGGAGGUUUGCAAACAGUAGCGACCGUAAGAAGCACAUGCACGUCCACACCUCGGACAAGCCUUACCUGUGCAAGAUGUGCGACAAGUCCUACACACAUCCCAGCUCCUUACGGAAACACAUGAAGGUGCACGAAUCAUCCUCAACCGCGUCCGACUCCUCUCCGGCAGCCAGUUCAGGAUAUGAGUCGUCCACCCCCCCAGGCUUGGUGUCACCCACCACCGAGACCCAAAGCAACACCACUCUGUCACCGGCCUCGGCCGUUCACAGCAGCACCAGCCACAGCGGCCUCUCGUCCAAUUUCAGUGAAUGGUAUGUUUAGGACCCACACUGAAGGCGUUUAUACACACACACACAUACAUACACACUCACACGUACACACAGUACACAAUCUAAUUUCACAGCACUGGACGAGGAGAUUGGGACAUUUUCAAAUGGUUUUGUCUCCACCAUCACUAUAAAAUGUGUAUAAUAGAUUGCUAUUGUAAAUAGUGGCUGACUUUGGUUGUGCUCGUUUGGUCUAUUUGGUGUCUAGAUGUUUCUUCAAUGGUAGCUAUCUCUCUAACUGGACUCUUUAGUGCACAUAAUCCAAUAAUAACAAUUGUACUCCAUAUUGUGAUCCUAAACUGGCAAAUUGAUUGUACUAUACUCUAUAAAAAAAGAUAAAAACGCCUAUAUAAACUGGAAAGCGUGCCAAAGUUGAACACGGACACAUUUUAUCAUGCUUUGUGAAUGUACAUUUUUUUUUUUUUAAUUUUUAAAAGCUUGCCAGGCUUAACUUACUUGUGUCCUUUUUGUGUGUGUGUGUGUGUGUGUGUUCUGCAAAUUGUGACAAACAAAACCACGCUAUGUGGAAGGACUGUUAGCAAAAGAAAACAUUUUUUUCCUGUAACGUCCUUCCUUUUUUUUGUGUGUAUUUGUAAAUACCAACUGCCAUAUUUAUCCAUUUGUAAGUAAAUUAUGGUAUUUACUUGCUACAGAUGAAACAGUAUUUAUAAAAGAAUCUUUCUUUGUUUUUGUUUUUUUUAACUAUAAAUAUGUACAAUUUAAGAGCUUAACCUGGGCAGUUGUUUCGUCGUGCAUUUUUGGGGUUUGUUUAUGGAACAAGAAGUUUUAAAAAAAAAUGAAGUGUUUUCAUCCUAACUGUGAUAAAACAUUUGACUCCAUACAAAUAUAAUAAAAAAAAUGUUGCAAGUGCUA